UGCAGCAAGUAACGCCCCACCAGGCGGACCUGUAGCAAUUAACAAUCUACAUCUAGGCACAAACGAGCAGCCGUCGAAUAAUGCUCCAGAAGCGCUAAACGAAGCUCCAGCAGAGAAGUACCAGACAGCAGAAAAAUAUGGCAUUCUGGUCGUCUUAUUGAGUGAAUGAGGGAGGCGUAAUAAACAUGGUACAUCAAUAAAACCGAUGUUGUCGCAAGGACAGGAAGGUACCCUAAACCUUCUGCAACAGAGCAACCAUAUUGCCUGAAUGAUUGACUCUACUUGUUGUUGGACAUUGUAGAACAAGAUUAGUAUUUUGACUGAAUAUUAACGAUCCUUUCGAGUUUCUUUUUUCUUAGUUACAGGUUCACGGACUUUCGGACCGCUUCAGGAACUGUUUUAUCUCUCUAAUGACUGAGUACAGUCAUUUGAGACGCACCGAAGUUGUGACUCAACUUCUGGACCCUUCUCUUUCUCUGAAGCACGUUGUAGACGGAAGUAGCUGUGUAGUGCUCUUCUUUACUCCUGGAGCGAGUGGGUACAUUCACUCACUCACUCACUCACUCACCCACUCACCCACUCACCCACUCACCCACUCACUCACUCACUCACUCACUCACUCACUCACUCACUCACUCACUCACUCCCUAACCUCUGCGAGGGAGCUUGGCAUCCUAUGGAUUGCAGACCGCGUUGAUUUCAGCGUCCACCUUACUGCUGAGGGCCCGAUACCAAGAUAGCGAUUAUGGUGCCGCAUUAGACAUUCAGAGAAGCGAAGAGGUGCUGCAUUAGACCUGUUCGCUUGUCAAUAAUAAUAGUAAUACAACUACUCAUCUCACAUCUGGGGUACAACAACUUCUAGAUACUAAAUUUGCUUCUGGUGUGGUCUUCGUCUUUUUCUGUUGUAUUUUUUUUUACAGUCAUAGAGAGGCGUAGAGGAAUUAUCAGUUUAAAUUCUUUUUUUAUCUAAGGUCCAACACCUGCUUAGAACUUUUACAAGGGUAUGAUAUUAAGUAAAGGACCUGCUCAAAGACCUAUGUAAUCAUCUAAAAAUACGAGGAGAAAAUUGUGUUUCUGCUGCGUGCCACUGGGGCUUUGGUCAAUUUAUGGACAUUUCUUCACUAUACAGUAUGCAUAGACGUCCUCCUCAGUGCGUGCGCCAUCCACCUUGACCACGGAUAUGUAUAAAUCAUCUCAUGAUAUUAACGAGGGGAAAAACGUUGACCUGUUUCGUUUCUCCAGUAGUUGUGCUGCAGGACAACUUUUUCUCUUUCGCAUGUAGGAGGCAGUGCAGAAGACAACAAGAAGUUUCAGAAGAACCGCAGUGAAGUACAAGACAACAGUUGAAGUAAAAGGGCCGUGCAAUGAAAGCCCUGUUGUAAUAUUAUUAAAAAGUCAGGGAUGUAGUUGAUUUCAGUACAAUCACUUGAGACGUGAUGAUGAUGGUUGAUUUCCGAAGGGAGAAAAUGCUACUUGGUGUUAGACUACUGUUACCUCAAGUCGAGCAUGCUAUUAUUGGUUCUAAUCAUUUGGCUCGUAGGCUUCGUGCGGUUAGUAGACAUGAAAGCGGAUGUCGAACUGAGCCAGAAUUUGGAGUUAAGCGUUACCACAUUACUUCACGAGUUGUACCAUUCUUCACUAUAUAAGACCCUAAAUCUAAGUCUAAAUGCUGGACUACCAUUCUGGGCUCUUAUUCUGGACUAUCAUUCGUCACUACAAUGCUGGACUCUCAUUCUGAACUACCAUGCUGAACUACAAUUCUUCACUACCAUUCUGGACUUCUACUACUCAUUUGAAAAAGGAGAAACUAGAGGUCAGGAAUGGAGUCAACACAGAUGAUUGUUUGAGUGCUGAUUGUUGCCUUCUUCAAAGCAUCAAGUUGAUGCUUCUUGAUGCUUUGAAGAAGGGAGUGCCGCAUUCACCGGAGAAUGCAGUUUCUCCCUGUAGUGGACUUCGAGUCAGUUCCAGUUCUCCCUGUAGCGGACUUCGAGUCAAUUCUUCGAAUCCGUUCCUAUCUUAAGUAUCUUAUCCCAUCCUUUGAUAGAACACUGCCCCAGCCUGCUCUAACAGAAAGGAGGGUCACUGCCGAGACCAAAAGCCCUGAUCUUGAUAUUUCCUCGUUUCCUACGUUGGUCCAGCGAAUGCGCGUUCUGGCGGUUCACGUACGAGAAGCACUCUAUUCAGCGAAAGUUUUUAAGAUGAGCAUCUUUUUGGAGUAGCUUCAACUGAUGAUUAAAUUUAAUAAUGAUUUUGACUAAUUAGCUUGAUCCUCUUACACUGUUAACUGAUGAUUAAAUUUGAUAAUGAUUUUGACUAAUUAGAAGCUUGAUCCUCUUAGACUAAUAAUUAAAAACAUUUUACGUUCCUCACUUAGGAGACUAAUUUACUACAAGAGCUACAGUCAAUUUUACCAUCUCUAAGUCUAGUUUGUAGGUACAGGUCCAAGUUCUACCUCACCUACCUAUGUUUGAUUGUAGUGUUUAGAUGCUAGCAGCAUUUCUAAUUAGUUUGGAGGUAAUAGCCCCUUUGCGGAGGGCGUGAUGGAACAGGCAGUUAGUGGUACGGUAGAAGUAUUACGGAUGAUGUUUUUUCUCCCAUCUACUAGGUCAGAGACAACCCUAAACCCUUGAAAGUGUAGAAGAGGUAAAAGGGCAUCUUGCCUCUAGUUCUAGAGUGGUCUGCUUCCAGUCGAUGGGAGAAAAAACGCUAUCCUCUUCAUCACUCUGCAAUUUGCUCCAUUCUGGCUUCUCGGUGCUCACCGAAGCACCAGCACAUCUUCAAGAUUGGACAUCGAGACAGGUACUAUAGUACUAAUGAUGAAAAAGCACUUCUGCUAGUCUAGGUGUUGGUAUGCUAGCCAAUGUUAGACUCCAUGUAAUGUAAUGUAUGAAUACGAUUAUAGGUGGAUCAACCUAAAAAGUAUCCAAAUCCCCAAUCUAAAAAGUAUUAAAUCUUAACUGCAGGAUCAGUUGGAAUUUGUAGUUGCUUACGUGGCUGCAUCGGGAGUGCUGAGGUUAAGGCUCCUUUUUCACAACUAUGCGUCCUUCGACGACGAUCAAAGAGGGCUGACUUCUACAGAUCACAUCUUGCAAAAUGUAGAGGAACAAGAAAGGAAGACUGAAAAGGGAAGAAGGAAAGAAGAAAAGCCUGCAAAUUAA